AAAAAAUUAUUAUUGAAAUCUAUCGAGAUAGGUUGCUUUUUUAUACCAAGUAUGUCGCUGCGAAAGCACGACUUGCAGCGAAGACAAAGUGAAUAUUCACUUCGAGCAAGUUAUUUAAAGCCAGUUUUUUGUGUUGUUUGUUACCGACCGAUUGAUGCACUUUCGUCACCUUAUGAUCCAGGAUGUGGACAUAUUGGACAUGAAGAUUGUUUUAGACAGAAAGUUAAUUGUCCUAAGUGUUUAGGUCCAGUAAAUAUGAUUACGGGCCUUCAAGUUAAAAAAUCAGAAAAUAAGCUUCAAAGACUAUUUAGUAAUGCAAAACAAAAGAGUAUAUUUUUUAGGAAUUCUACUAUACCUUUAGAACAGAAUCAUAUGUACAAAUCAACUCAAAAUGAGUGUUUAUCAAGGAAAAUUUCUGAAAUUCCAUCUCAUCCAGCAAUUUUUGGUAUUGAUUUUGAAAUUUAUACAGAUUAUGAUGUUGUUCAAAAAAGCGAAGGAGAGGUAAUAAUGUAUAUUAAUGUAUUAUCACAAUAUCAGGAUACUAUCGAUUUACCUUGUAUAUAUUCACUCGAUGUUGCGGUUUGUUUAGAUAUGUCGGAAUCAAUGGCCCAUGGAAAUAAAUUUAAUAUUCUAAAGGAAAUUAUAUUUACACUUCUUUAUGAUCUCCAAUCUACUGAUAGAAUGUGUAUAUUAACAACUCUUUCUGAUGAUAAAAAUAAAAUUUUUGCUCUUCAUACAUGUGAUAAUCUUCAUAAAGCAGCCGUUCAAGCUAAUUUGGGUGAAAGACUAAAAGAUAUGAAAGGGAUUCACAGUUGUUAUUCUGAUGAUGGAAUCAGUAAAGCUCUUGAUAUCUUAAUAAAAAAUAAAAGAAAUGGAAGAUUAGGGCAUAUUAUUGUUAUAUCUGAUGGAUGUGAAGUAUCUGUAUCAAAUGAUAAAGUGAAUCAUAUUUCUUCUCAGGCUAAACGGCAUAAUAUUGCGAUACAUUCAUUUGGAAUAGGUCCAUGUCCAGAUCCAACUUAUCUGCGUCACUUAACUAGUUUAGGAGCAGAAGGUGGAUGUUAUAUUCGUGUUAAUGAAAUUAGAAAAGUUAAAAACUUUUUAAAGCUAUGUGCUGCUGGAUCUUGUAUGGCUAGCUUGUCUAAUGUUAAAAUUAAUGUUACUGGUUUAGAAGGAGUAGGUAUUUGUGAUAUAAGAGGCGACAAAAAUGUGUAUUAUGAUGCUGAUAGUGUUUAUAAACACGAUAAUAAACUUGAAUUAAUAAUUGGAAAUUUAACACCAUUGGAAGAACGUUGUUUUUUUAUUACACUAAGUAUACCAUCGGUUUCAAAUUUUUCUGAUGUUGAUCCAUUUGUUGUUUCAACAGAAGCACUUGCUUCAGAACUUGAAAGUAUAGUAAAGACAUUUCCUGCCAAUAUUGCAUCCUGUAAAAUAUCCUACAAUCAUCCAUGUUUCUCAACUUCUACUAUAUUGCGUUUAAACACAAAAUAUGCAACAAUUAAACGUUCAGAUAAUUUGGAAGAGUCUCAAGAAACAUCCCAAAAAAAUCGUAAUCGUACUGUUCUUUUAGCUCUUUUACGUCAAUAUGCACUACAAGGAAUUAUUCAUGCUCAUGAAAUGGUCAAUCGAGGACGUGUUAAAGCUGCUAGUAGUUUAAUUAAUGUUGCUCUCGGUAAAAUAGAAGAUGCUGUAAUUGAUGAAGUAUGGAGACCUGAUGAAAUUAAUGAACUUAAAGAUGAACUUCGUUUUCAACGAUCAAGAAUACAUUCUAGAACUGUUUCUACAACCCCUAGACGAACAUAUACUUGUAUGACGCCUUCAAAACAUGAAAGAUCUACAAAAAUUCAACCAUUAAGAACUCCUCCUAAAGUUUCUCCAACAUCUGUUUCAAAGGAACUUUGGAAAUGUCCAACUAAAAUUCAAGAUACUUUUUUGGAUACUCGUCCUACUCCUCAUAAAUCUAUCCUCAAGGAUCAUUCAACAAACACUGUCUCUACUCUAGAAACACCCAAAUCUCAACGUAGUCUUUCUCUCGCAAGGACUCGUUCUCAUAUUACAAAAACUACCACAACAAUAGAAUAUUCUGCAAAUCUUUCCCAUCUAAAAGAAGGACAACGUUCAAGAAGACGUAGCUUAGAUCCCCUUGUACUUAGAGAAUCUAGUAGUUACAGUUCAAUCAUUCUUCCACAAACAAAUAGCCAAAUUCAUCACAGAAAAGAAAGCUGGCAAGCUGAUGACGAAGCAAAGCGUAUAUGGAGAGAACUUAAGAGGGAGAUGAGGGCUUCUUGA